CUCUCCGUGCUGGCUAGGUCAUGUCGGCGACUUCUGGGUACACGUAUUUCUACUGCUCUUGCUGCCCAGCAUUCCGCACCACGAUAGUGUUUUGUCGCCUUGCGGAAGCAACACUCAUCUUGUGGGUUCAAACCGGUGGAUUCGCAGCGGUUAAGUCUUCGGUUGUGAUGGCCCAUAAGAGGAAAGUGUAGUGUUCCAUUGGGUUCAUCAACCUAAAUGUGUAGCUCAAAACACACGCUGAAGGUUGUGCGAGCUUCAUGCGCCUGGUUAGAGCGUUCGUGAAGGGUUGCUAGAGUGAAAGAUUUGGAAGCUUGUCGCAUUCUAGUGUGUUGAGGUUCUUCUGAAGCAUUUGCGAUGGCAGCGACCAUCAGACCGUCCCGGCCAGAAAUUGAUCUCAACCUCCAACCUCACCUGCUGCAGGAGCUUACAGAUUCGUUCAAGUUCUUCGACCGCAACGGCGAUGGCAAAAUCUCGAAAGAAGAGCUUGGAACCGUCGUGCAGUCUCUCGGUCACAAGGUCACAGACGCGGACUUAGACAAGCUGAUGAAAGAUGUCGACAAGAACGGCGACGGGUUCAUCGACUUCCAGGAGUUCAAAGAUAUGAACACGAGAGCGAUGAUUGUCGAAUGCCCUGUGGACACAGACGUGAACCGGAACUUGCCGCAACCUGGAUCUGACGAUUCCUUGAUGUCGGCUUUCAAUGUUUUCGACUUGGACAAGAAUGGCUUCAUUUCCAGCGAGGAGCUUCACUCUGUCCUGGUGGGAUUCGGCAAUGAAAAAAUUUCCCUGGACGAUUGCCGAUUCAUGAUACAAUGCGUCGACGAAGACGGCGACCACAUGGUGAGCUACACAGAAUUUGAGGCUCUCAUGAGCGGUAUACGUAGCAGUUAAGUUUCCUGGAUACAAUCUCCACUUCGCACAAGACAUUACAAACACGUCUUGUAAAACUUUUAAAAUGUACAGAAUUCUUCUAGGGCUGUCCGAUUAGAUUCCGACAAGUUUUUAUUCCCAUUCAGCGUGCCGUUUACAAACAACAAUGUAGUGAUUUCUGGCAAUAUCUGGGACAAGGUGGCAGUAAUCGCAAUGAGCAAUUUCGCGAGUUGAAUUGGUUAAUGUAAGAUUUGAGAGGAUGCUUCGGCACCAACCACGCAUUAAGAAAAUGUAUCAUAACGCGAAAGGAGCCUGAUACAACAACUGUUUCAGAAAUCUCGCUUCGUUUUGUUCGCCGGUCAAA